GUAAAGAGGCGUAUUUAAUUUUGGAGAGGCUUCAAAAAUUUACUUCAAGACCUGUUUUUAAAGAGCAACUUAAAACCAAGUAUGAAUCGAUUUUGAGACAGUAUGAAAAUGAGUUAACAACAAUUGAAACAUGGUUUUUGACUCACCAAAAUAUUCCUCCUGUUUCUCGACAUCAUCCUCCAAUUGCUGGAUCAAUAUUCUGGGUGCGAAUGUUAUUUGAUAAAAUUAAAGAGCCCAUAACUGUUUUCCAAUCAGCUAAUGAAUUUAAUAUGCCUUUAAAAUUUAAGGUAAAAUGACGAAUCUUAAAAUUAUAAAGUAUUAUGAGUGUUGACGAUUUUUUAUACAAUUAUUGUAGGUUGUAGAAAUGUAUGAAAAUAUUGUUGAUCAAAUGAAAUGCUAUGAACGGUUAAAAUUAAUUGACUGGACAAAUAAAGCAAAAUCAUUGGCUGUACGUCAAAUGGAUACCAAUAUACUUGUUUGUAUUGGGACAAAAACUAAUACAGAUCAAUGUCAUACUGAAAGUAAUUUACCUAAAAUUGAAGAUUUAAAAGAUUGGUUAAAGUGUUCCAGAAAAUCAAAUCAAAUUUUAUCCGAUAAUAAACUAAUGUUCAAAACCAAUUUUAAUGAUCAAGUUUAUGAGUUGAUUGAAGAAGCAGAGAUGAUGGAAAACUUGGGAAUCGUUUUACCUAGAGAGAUACAAAUGUUAUUAGCUAAGAAAAAUAGUUUGUUAGAUGACAUAAUGAAAGUGAAAAAUAUGGUUAAUACAUAUAAUACAUUUAUUUCUUCUAUGAGCAAUUUAGAAGUAAGUUUUCUGUUAAAGAUACCUACCGAGGGAAUUUUUUUCUUUUGAAUAAAGUUGGUUUUGGUAAAAUUUUUUUUUUAGUACGUAUACGUAGUAUGCCUGAAAACCAUUUUAUAGUACCUAGUCUAUUUAUAUACAGUAGAAACUCGAUUAACCGUCACAGGUGGGACCAGGACUAUGACGGAUAAUUGAAUAGACGAUUAACAGAAAUUUUGCAAAAAAAGUAUAUACAUAUAUAAUUUACGUGUGUAUUUUCAAAAUAAAAUUCAUACUUAUUUCGCUGGUUUUAUGGUUUUACGAAUUCUAACAUCUCCAAUCUCUAUCGUUGCUUUGCAUUUGACUAUAUUUGAGAUACAUGUUGCUCAUUUUUUUCAGCAUCCCGUUUUGUUUAUAUCAUUCACGACAUGUCGCUUUCGUCCAAUCUUUAAAUGGCAAAAUGACAUGCUCAGGUUUGUAUUGUCGCUUAGCCAUUUUAUAGAUCGAUGCGUCAGAAUUUUAGAAAAAUUUUGAUACCAAUAUCUCAUUUUUGCCAAAAUUGUCGCUCACGCCCUUUUACCUAAUACGGCUCAAUAUUACAAACUAUUUUUAUACGCUGGAUAGUUGCCGUGUUAGGCACCGCGAAGGGUUUAUCGCGACCGUCUUAUCGCCUAAUUAACUUUUUUUUCGGGGGUGACUAAUGACGGAUAAUAGAGAGUGACGGUAAAUCGAGUGACGGUUAAUCGAGUUUCUACUGUAUUUUGUUAAUGAUUCCAGAUUAAUAUAACAAAUAAAUUAUAUUUCUGGUGGGUAAUUCUAAUAUACAUAUUUUAAUAUUUAAUAUUGUUCUAUUUAUUAGCUCGCCAUAUUAAAACACAAAUUAAAAGAUAUUGAAGAUUAUUUUUAUAUGGGUCUCUCUCGUUAUAAUUGGCUUUCAAUAAGUAUAGAUACAUUUACAA